AUGAAGCUCCAAACUAUUAGCCUCCCCGUGUUGUGCAGCAGCUUGUGCUUAGCGUAUUCCACCUCUACUGAUUUUGACGAAAACCUGCAAGAAGCGUGGGGUCAGGACUGGCCGUUCUCAGGUAUUCAGACUUUCGCACAUCUCCCACAUGAGAAUUGUCUUGUAAAUAAAGAUAUAAACUUUGAUAUUGGAGUCAUUGGAGUUCCUUUCGACACAGCGGUAACCUUUUGGCCCGGCGCUCGCUUUGGGCCUCAGGCGAUUAGAACAGCAUCGCAAAGACAGAGCUCGUUGAGAGGCUUCAAUUUCAGAGCUGUCAUCAAACCUUAUCAGAGCUGGGCCAAAAUCAUGGAUUGUGGGGACGUUCCGGUCACACCCAUGGAUAACGCCUUGGGUUUGCAAAUUAUGGACGCGGCAUUCGAAAACUUACUGGACAGAAACAGCACAGCUUCGCAAUCGUCACUGCCACCGCGGUUUGCUACCUUAGGUGGUGACCACAGUAUUAUUUUGCCCGUCUUGCGCCAGCUUUACAAAGUAUACGGUCCGAUCUCCGUUAUACAUUUCGACUCUCAUCUGGAUACUUGGGCUCCUUUCAAGUACCCGUCUUUCUGGCACAGUGCACAGUCCGAGUUUACGCAUGGUUCGAUGUUUUGGAUGGCGAAACAAGAAGGUCUAUUGUCUGAAAACUCGAAUGUGCACGCCGGUUUAAGGACUCGCCUCAGUGGUACUGGAUGGGACGAUUACGAAGAAGACAAUUCUAUGGGGUUCCAUAGAAUUGAAAGCGACGAGAUAUUAAAGUCAGGUGUGGAUGCGGUCGCUCUAAAAAUAUUGAGAAUUGUUCCUCACGAUCGACCUGUGUACAUCAGUGUCGAUAUUGAUGUACUUGAUCCUAGUGCAGCACCAGGUACUGGAACUGUUGAAGUUGGCGGCAUGCUGACACGCGAACUCAUCCAUUUGAUUCGAAGCCUUGAAGAUCUGCCACUGGUUGGAGCUGACGUUGUCGAAGUGUCACCAGCGUACGACCAUGCCGAUAUUACAGCUUUGGCUGCAUCUCAGGUGGUUUUUGAGCUGAUCACAAACAUGGUGAAGCACGGGCCCAUCGACCCUGCCAUUAUUCACGCAAAUAAAGAAGCUGCCAAUAGCGUUGUUUUUGAGAAUAGUGAGCAUCAAGCGGUGUUGAAUAGAUCCUAG